UUGACUUUACCAGCUCAUCAAAGGAGUAUGAAACAGAUGUACAUUCAUACAUAAAUAAAUGAAUUCAUGAUGCUUCAAGGCUUUGAUAGUUUGUUAAAAUCUUGAUUUGGUUGAGAAUUGAUAAGUAGUCGCGAAUGGAGACUUGCAUGAAGUUUCUGUUUCUCGCUUUUGCCACUUUCUCCAUCAUACACCAAGUUCAGUCUCAGGAUCAACAAGGAUUCAUCAGUAUAGAUUGUGGAUUACCUUCCAAUGAGUCUCCUUAUGUCGAACCAGUCACCGAUAUCACUUACACCUCUGAUGCUGGUUUUGUCCACGGAGGAAAGACUGGUACCAUCAAAAAAGUCUCUGAGACAGACUUUAUCGCAAAACCAUAUAGGGUUUUGAGAUACUUCCCUGACGGAACGCGAAACUGCUACAGUUUGAAUGUCACUCAAGAUACAAAUUACCUCAUCAGGACAGUUUUUGUAUAUGGAAACUAUGAUGGUCUUAAUAUUUUCCCAAGAUUCGACCUCUAUCUUGGUCCUAAUAUUUGGAAAUCCCUAGAUCUGAGAAGAACAGGUUUUGGUGCUGUUGUUGAGGAGAUUAUUCACGUCACAAGAUCUAACAUAUUANAACGCGACAGCAAAAUCAUGUCGCCAUCCAUAUUGAUAUUGUAUUCCAUUGUUUUUUCUUUGUUUUAA